AUAUAUAUAUAGAAAUGUCAUGCCGUCCAUCCGACGAUUACGGGAGGCUACGUGGGACCCUCUGAUAUUAUACACACACACAACUCUCUUUCUCUUCACUCUCAGUAAGUAUUCUCUGGUUCUUCCUUCUCUUUCUUCUCUGUGAUUUUUGGGAGCUUCUCUUUAAUGGCGUCUUCAGCUCGUGAGGGACACUACAGAGGAGUAAGGAAGAGGCCGUGGGGUCGCUACGCAGCUGAGAUACGUGACCCAUGGAAGAAGACUAGGGUUUGGUUGGGUACAUUCGACACGCCCGAAGAAGCUGCACUCGCUUACGACGGUGCUGCUCGUUCGCUCCGUGGAGCCAAAGCUAAGACGAACUUUCCGCCAACAGUUCCGGCCACCGUAGGCGGCGGCGGUGGGCUUCCUCUCCCUCUCGAUCUCAACCUUCCCUCCUCCAACAGACUCGUACUCGGCGAGUUUUUACACACCGGCGUUCUCAAAGACAUCAACUGUGUCGCCACCGAGUCUGACUCGUCUUCCUCGUAUCAAGUUAAGCGAGAACCUCAAGCUUCUGCCUCUGCUGUUACUGUCGCUUCCGCCGGACCCACACAUCAUGUCCCUGAGAGCUCCGCCACGGCGUCGUUUCUGGGUCUCGUGCGGCGUGGUUUGCCUGUCGAUCUCAACGAGCCGCCUCCUUUGUGGCUUUGAAUGACAUCAAUGAAUGAAAUGAAUGCUGGUCUGACUUAUUAUUACGACGGUGUUUUUCACUUCUUUAAUUAGUUCCUUUGUCUUUAUUUAUUUUCUCUUUUUUCAUGAGACUAUCUGAGUCUAGUAGUAUUAGACUAUUAGUAACGUAAAAACAAAAAGUUUCAAGAAAUGGAAACCAUAUGUAUAUAUACAUAUCCCUAUCUAUGUUUUUGGUUUU